AUGUCUACCCCAACACCUCUAGUCUUGGAGCUCGUCACUCUCAAAGACCUCCCCGCCAUUACAGAGCUAUGGUUCACCGUAUUCAGCGAUCCCGGCAUGCGCAGGCUAUUCCCAGACACGCCAGGGACCCGCGAAUGGUUCACUGAAGCCAACCGCAUGGACAUGCUCACGAAGCCAUAUCAAAAAUACAUCAAAAUCAUCGAUCCCGACACCAAAGACGCGCAAGGGCAAGCACGGAUAGUCGCAUACGCAAAAUGGGACCUGGCCAUGCCCGACGAGCGCGGGGCUAGGUUCCCGCCUUGGCACGGGGACAUGCCUGGUCGGGAUUGUGAUACUUUCUUUGGGGGGUUGGAGAAAGAGCGCAAGCGUGUGAUGGGCGAUCGGAAGCAUUACUACCUUGAUAUGCUCGGUACGCAUCCCGACUACCGCUGUCGCGGGGCCGGCUCUAUGCUUGUUCGCUGGGGAUGCGAAAUUGCGGAUCGUGAGGUCGUUGGAGCGUAUAUCGAUGCUAGUAAGGCUGGUGUCCCACUGUACGCGAAACAUGGGUUUGUGGAUCGCAGUGACCCUGGACCGAGUGAGGUGGUUCCGAUGGCUAGAGGAUAG